AUGUGCGAGACAUGGUUUGAUCUCUGUCAUAAUGAAUAGUUCAUUGUUCUUUCUGAUAAGGAUAAUAUGCUAGACUUUGCUAAUGAGACUCUUAAAUAUGAGGGCAAAAAAUUAUAUACAAUUGUAAAUGAUGCUGAGGAAUUUUGUAAUAGGAUGGGCUAUAUUGUACAUGACAAGCCCUAUUGCUAUAAUGGAAUUCCUAUUGGCUAGAAAAUUGACCUUAGCAAAGAAAAGCCUUAAUGGAAUAAGCAAAGGCCUACUAAUAAAGGCAUUGUUUCAAUGUCAUUCUACAAGUUAUUGUCAUAUUUUCUGACAAAUACUUAAGCCUAUGGAAACUACUUAUUUUAUCUGGGAUUGAUACUGAUAGUAAUAAUGAUUCUCUAUGAAGUAAAUAUUUGGCAGUAAAAGAUGCGCUAAGAAUAGAUUGACAUAUCUAAGUAAAUAAAAUAAAAGCUAAAGAUAAACUAAGAAAAAAGAAUAAAAAAAAGAAAGAUACUUGAUAUCCUUAGAGGUUAAAUCAAUUAAUAAGAGUCGAAUGUAAAUUAGAAAUAGCACAAUAAAUAAAUUGAUAAUAUAGAUAAAUUAGAUUGA